UGACUGCUGAUUAAUGAGUAAAUAUUUUAAUUGUUGCAGAUAAUUAACGAGAAAGCCACCUUGUUUUUCAAAGACGGGAGGAGGAAGAUUGAUUACGUCCUGGCGUACGAGCCGGGGGACGAGGAGGAUCCAAAGAAAAAACAGAGGCGGGAGACGUUCGAGAAAAAUCUGAUAGAGGAAGGAUUGGAGCUCGAGCACGAGGGAAAAGAGUCCUCAAAGAAUGGUAAAACCUGCUUUGUUAAGGUCCAUGCACCCUGGGACACAUUGGCUAGAUACGCUGAACUUCUCAACAUCAAGAUGCCCCUGGCGGAGAAUGACAUGGAUACACAGUUAGAGAGCUGCUUUGAUGUCUGUUGGAGUAAGUUUCCGUCGCCCUUUGACCUCGAUCCCGAUCUCCUACCAGACGAUACCAACUACUUCACGGCACCCUUCAACAGAGCCCGCAUGGACACAUAUAUUGGUGUGGAGUGGAAUGGUGAGGAGUUUGUGAUAAAAGACAAGGAUACCUUCUUCACAAACGCUCAGAGGAGCAAGAUCUGUCACGAGAUUCUCUCCCGAACACAUUUCACUGACCUUGAUGAUGAAGAGGACAGGAUGAGGAAGAAAUUCGGAAUCAGGAAGCUGACAGACAAUCAGACAUAUACAGCGGCCUACCCACUACAUGAUGGACGGUACCACAGUGAACACUCCCUGCUAACUGUUGGCAAAGACAAUGAUCGACAUCUACUGUAUGAGCUUUGGGCUAGACCAGGCCGUUGGUACAAAUAUCAGCCGCUGGACCAAGUCAGGAACUACUUUGGAGAGAAGAUAGGGAUUUACUUCACCUGGCUGGGGUUUUAUACCACCAUGUUAAUACCGGCCGCCAUUGUGGGGUUCAUUGUCUUCAUCUAUGGACUGGCUACAUUAAUGAGGGAUGUGCCAAGUUCUGAGAUCUGUGACGACCCGACCAUUGGUAACUACACCAUGUGUCCGAUGUGUGACAGGCGCUGUUCAUACUGGCGUCUGUCAGAGAGCUGUAACUACUCCAAGGCCACCUAUCUGUUUGACAACUCCGCCACUGUGGCCUUCGCUAUAUUCAUGGCUCUGUGGGCCUCAUUUUUCCAUGAGUUCUGGAAGCGAAAACAAGCUGAGAUUGAAUAUGAGUGGGAUGUAGAAGACUUUGAAGAGGGGGAGGAGACAGUUCGACCAGAGUAUGAGGCCAGCGUGACUCGGAGGAGAACUAACCCUGUCACCAAUAGAGAAGAGCCUUUUGUUCCAUAUUGGAGCAAGUGUUUCCGAUAUUUCACCAGUUUUAGUGUUCUGUUGUUCUUUCUGGUGUUGGUCUUGGCCGCAGUGUUUUCCGUCAUUCUUUACCGUAUUGUGAUGUCGGCCAUUUUGUACGGUAACAAGGAGGACAUCAUCAAAACUCGGGCGAGCUUCAUCUCCUCCAUCACCGCCGCCUGUAUCAACUUAGUCAUCAUCAUCAUCCUCAACUUUUUCUAUCAAAAAGUGGCCUAUUUCCUCACAGAGCUAGAACAACACCGGACCCUGACAGAGUGGGAGGAUGCCUUCACCUUCAAAAUGUUCCUCUUCCAAUUUGUCAACUUCUACUCUUCCAUAUUUUACAUUGCCUUCUUCAAAGGAAAAUUUGUGGGAAGGCCUGGAGAUUAUAAUCGCAGUUUGAUAAACAGUAGACAAGAGGAGUGUGACCCCUCAGGUUGCCUGAUUGAGCUCUGUAUACAGCUGGGCAUCGUCAUGGUGGGAAAACAAAUCAUUAACAAUCUGAAAGAGAUUGUCAUACCUAAGGUGAUGGUAUGGUUCCGAUCACGUCAGUCCUUGAAGGAGAAGUCAGAAGAGAAGGUGUACUCCCGCUGGGAGCAGGAUUAUAACCUGGCCAACAUGCCAGCUCUGGGACUGUUUGAUGAAUACUUAGAAAUGGUGAUUCAAUAUGGCUUUGUGACAAUUUUUGUGGCAGCUUUCCCUCUUGCACCUCUAUUUGCACUCAUUAACAACAUUAUAGAGAUCCGAGUUGAUGCUUACAAGUUCACCACACAGUGGAAGAGACCCUUAGCUGAACGAGCUCAAGAUAUAGGUAUUUGGUUUGGAAUCUUACGAGGAAUCUCAGCAAUAGCAGUGGUUUCUAAUGCUGCAAUCAUUGCGUUUACAUCGGAGUUUAUCCCUAAGUUGGUCUAUUAUUACGGCUACAGUAAUCGUACGCUGUCAGGGUACACCAACUUCAGUCUGUCCGUGUUUAAGGUGCAGUACUUCCAGGAUCAAAGUAUCCCUGAUGACAAGAAAAUUGACGUGUUUGGCAACGUUACUGAAUGCAGGUACCGAGGAUUCUUUGCGGAAGACCCUGGCAUGCCUGGAGACUAUGACUUCACUAUGGCGUAUUGGCACAUCAUUGCAGCUAAACUAGCUUUCGUUGUUGUUUUUGAGAAUUUAGUGGUGUUUUGUACAUGGCUUGUGAUGUACCUAAUUCCGGACAUGCCUUUCAAAGUUAAGUUACAGAUGCUCAGAGAAAACUUUUUGGCCAAGGAGGCCUUGUAUAACGCUGACACGAUCCAGAAACAGCGAGAAGAGCGUGCAAAGCAGGAGCAUUGAAGUGGUGCAAUUAUACAUUCAAUAUUUAUGUUCUACUUAAUUCGUAUACAUGUAGUUUGUAUUUAAGUCUAUAUUAUAUACCAUGACCAAAUUGUUAGAAAAAAAGCUGUAUUCUCUGAGUAGGCAUUUAUAAUGUAGCAUUCUCAUUGGGUUUUGAUUUUUUUAAACAGAUUUUUUUUUUUUUUUUUUUUUUUUUUGCCAAAGAUAAAUUAUUUUUGUCUAUAUUGAACAAAUUCAUGUUUUGAAAGUAACUUUAUAAAUACUGCUGGUCAAUAGUUUUGCAGUUGCUGAGCAAAUGCAGAUGCAAAUAUUUGGUGUGUGAUUUGAGGAAAUUGAGGCUGAAACGAGUGGUUGAUCUUUGAAUUGCUUAUUACAGUCUAUUAACUUGUCUGUUCCAAAUACUGUGAAUCCAACAUCUUGUCUAAUGUGAUGUAAACAUCAAGUCCCUCUCAGUUAUUUCAUUUGUUAAAAAUGUUAUCUCAUCUGGCCUGUUGCCAAAUCCAGCUUAUUUGGAACUAGAGAUGGCCGCAUUUGGCAAAUUUACUGUUUGGCUUUAAUUUGAUAUUUCCGUAAUAUUUCCAUGUGGAACUUGAUUUACUGUAUUUUAUUAAAUUUUGUGCAAGAUUUCGUUUUUAUGAAAGGGUCAUUUGGUAUAUUAGAACCAUUGAACUUUUUCAGUAAUUUAUUUUUUCUCGUAUUGAACCUGAUUUUUUGUUGAACAUUUUUAUGAAUUAUUUGUAAAUGAUGGCUGAAUAGCUUACCUUUAUAUACACUAAAGUAAACAAUAUAGUUUCAAUCUCUGCUCUUUAGAAUUGUGACUGAAUACGCAAUCUCUGGCAUAUAAUGUUGUUGACAUCUUGUUUGUAUUAUUAUUUUUCUUAAUUAUUUAUUCAACAUUGUUAAUUUUCAUGUUAGGAAAAACUUUUACAGUUUCUAAUUUAAUUUUUGUUUAUUUGACUAUUUAAAUGUUGUACUUUUUAAAUGUGAUGAUAUCUGUGUAUGUAAUUGUUAUUUAAUCAGAAAAAAGAACAUUAAGAUACCUUUAGAGCUAAUUUAAUUUAUCUGUUUUUCUAUUUCAUAAAUAAACGACAAUGUCAUUUUUUUUUAGAGAUAAUUAAGGAAUACGGUGAAGUCGUGUGUAUUGUGCGCAAUAUGGUGUAAAAGAUGCACAUCUAAAGUCAGGGUGAAAAGCAUUUUAAAAAAAAAAAAACAUGCAUGUCCUAUGUAGAAAGUGCACCCCAAUUAUAUGGCUUGCUUAAGUCAUUGAAAAAAAAAACCAUUUGAAGAACGUUUAGUCCAGAUUGAGAAAUAACAGAUACCAUAAGGACAUCUAUAUAAAUUUUUAAGAUACAUUGAGAAAAAUUUCCUUUUUUGGGACCCAAGGCAGACUUUCACAUAAAAAAUGGUGUCCACAGCAAUGCUGUGAUUUUGUUUCAACAUAGAAGCACCAAUAUACUGUGAAUUGAAAUUGUUAAAAACAUAGGCUUUAUCAAAGUAGGUGUUUCAUUUGUAUACAUGUAUGUAUUCAUGUGUUAACAAAGAGGAAAACGAUGAUUCAAAUACUUCUGCUGAUACAUGUAUUUUAAUUGAUUUUUUUUUUUCAUGGGCCAUAUUUGAAAAGAAUAUUAUAGAUACUUUCACUGGUCCUUUGCAUUUACUUUGUGUAACAUUUUGUGCCUUAAUACAAGAAUAAUGUUAAAUGUUACAACUCUUUAUACAUUUACUUUGAGCAAAAUUAAUUCUAUUCUAAACUGAUUUCAUAUUUUGGUGCAAUAUUUUUUCAAGGUAAUUUACACUUACCAGAACUGUAUUACCCGUUAUAAUAUAGCCUUUUAUGAUUAUUUUUUUUAAUUUCAUAUGUUCUUGAGCUCUCUCAGUGAAAAAAAAAAUGGGGAGUGAUGCGUUAUUGCAGCUUGAACUAUAAUGUAUAUCUGUA